AUCCACGGCCGCAUUCGACUCGCUUGACUGGAUCGCGUUGUUUGACAUCGCUUUAGUGUUUCGGAGAGCUUUCUUGUUGUCGCUGUGCUCGAGUCUGUCAUCGUGUGAUUCCUCUUUCGGGUGAAGCUCGGGAGCACUCGGGCCUCAGGCCAUUCUGUCACCACCAAUUCAAUAUGGCUUCGAGACGGAUGAAUGUGCUUGUAUAUUCCGGCAACGGAAGUACAAGUGAAUCCGUGCACCAUACUCUCUACACCCUUCGCCGCCUGCUCUCUCCCAAAUACGCUGUUAUUCCAAUCACGGGCGAGACCCUCCUGAAGGAACCCUGGACUGCCACCUGCGCCUUGAUUGUCUUUCCUGGUGGUGCAGAUCUGGGCUACUGUAGGACGCUUGACGGGGCGGGUAACCGCAAGAUCACGCAAUUCGUGAAUCGAGGAGGUAGCUACCUCGGAUUCUGUGCUGGUGGGUACUACGGGUCUGCAAGAUGCGAAUUCGAAGUAGAUGAUAAGAAAAUGGCUGUUGUUGGCGACAGAGAACUCGGAUUCUUCCCAGGAACGUGUCGUGGACUGGCUUUCCCGGGGUUUGUGUAUCAAAGCGAGGCUGGGACGAGAGCAGUCGAGUUGGAGAUAAACAGGUCUGCUCUUCCCUCGAUUAAGGAUACCGUACCUGGAUUGUUCCGUUCAUAUUACAACGGCGGUGGCGUUUUUGUGGACGCGAAGAAGCUCGCUGAGAGGGGCGUGGAGAUUUUGGCGAGCUUCAAAGAGGAUCUGCAUGUCGAUUCAGGAGACAGUAAGGCUGCUGUUGUCUACCGCAAGAUUGGCGACGGUCAUGCUAUUCUUACAGGGCCCCAUCCUGAAUUCGCCCCUAUCAACCUCAACAAAUCGAACGGCCCACCAUCAUACGCAGCCGCGAUUGAUGCUAUCGCAGCAUCAGAUGCCACUCGUGUUGCCUUUAUGAAGGCAUGUCUCGUCAAAUUAGGCCUGCAAGUCAAUGAAGAGGAGCAGCCGGUACCGUCACUCUCCCGCCUGCACCUCACUGCUCGCACGCCAUCAGAUGUCGCCGAAAUCCUCGCAUCUUGGCACGAAGUCACUACUUUGAUUGAUGGAGCAGAGUAUGUGCAGGCGGAGAACGACACAUUCCACGUGGAGAGGGCUGCGACGUGGGGUAUGGGUAGUCUUGUGAAGGCGGUUACGAGUGUACUACCUGAUGCUGUUUCUGGUAACUCGAAAGAAAAGCCUUCACCAGAAGAUACGCCCCCCAAAGAAAAGGCGUUGGAGGCCGAAAGCUCCGAUGACUCAACAUCUGGAGACAAGAUCAUCGACUAUGACAAAGUAAUCAAGAGGAUUGUUCCUCACGAGAAAAUGCUUCCCUCAGGCCGAGAGACUCCAUCUUUCAACCACGAUGCGUAUUAUGCAAACCUCGCCCAUUUCCAGAGCAAAUCAGAUAUCGACGAACCUUCUUUCGGCACCCAUCUUCUCUAUGGCGAAGUCGUCACCAGCACUAACACCAUCCUCGAGAAAAACCCCAAACUCCUCAACACCCUUCCUCAAGGCUUCACCGCAACAGCAACGAUGCAAGUCGCCGGCCGCGGCCGCGGCUCGAACGUCUGGCUCGCACCUCCCGGCUCUCUCAUGUUCAGCACUGUCAUCCGCCACCCCAUCGCGCUCACCGCCUCUGCCCCCGUGAUAUUCGUGCAAUACCUCACCGCCCUCGCCUUCGUCAAGGGAGCAAAAGGCUACGCGCCAGGCUACGAUAGACUGCCCAUCAAGCUGAAAUGGCCAAACGACAUCUACGCUCUCAGCCCUACCGCCCCAAAACCCACAAACGGCCGACACAGCAACACCGACUUCGUUAAAAUCGGCGGGAUUCUCGUGAACUCGAGCUACUCUGGCUCCGAGUACACACUUGUAGUGGGCGUCGGGAUUAAUGUCGCGAACCCCUCUCCAACGACUAGCCUGAACCAGCUAGCAGCGAAAGAAGGCUUGAAAGCGUUUCAGAUGGAGAAAUUACUCGCUAGUAUUCUCGUCGAGUUUGAGACGCUGUAUAGGCGGUUUUGUGCAAAAGGGUGGGAUAGAGAGGCGGAGGGCGCGUAUUAUGAUGGCUGGUUGCACACGAAUCAGAUUGUGGAGCUGGAGGCGGAAGGAGGGGUGCGGGCAAGAGUGAAGGGGAUUACGAGAGAUUGGGGGUUGCUGCUUGCGGAGGAGUUGGGGUGGGAAGACAGGCCGACGGGGAAGAUUUGGGAGCUGCAGAGUGAUAGUAAUAGCUUUGAUUUCUUUAAGGGAUUGCUUAAGCGGAAGGUGUAGGAGGCAGCGGAACAGGUGGCAGACGGUAGGAGAGGGUGGAAGAAGUUUUUUGUAUGAUGCCUCAGCAUAGGCCCGCUGACUCUCUCUUGCUUCUACUUGCGGUGCUUCGGGAUAUUUUCAGAAAUCCGGGCGAGUUCAAGAGUUCAUCGCUGUGAACAGUC